ACAUGUCCAUCACUCUGCUUCUGCUUUUGGCUUUUAGGAACAGUGCUGACUGUGUGCCAGGAGGUGAGCCCAGGGCAUGGAUAGGUUUUUUGUUUCCCUCCAUAACGUACCAGAGUUUCCAUUUCUCCACAUCAGCCCUUUCUGGCAGCCUUUCUGGUGUUGUGUGGUGACGUCCUGUGGUGAUGUAACUUUAUUUCCCUGAUGACAGGUGAAGUGGAGCACCUUUUCAUGUGUUCCUACCCUUUGGAUUCCAGGUUUGCAAUUUUUUUCUUCACUUCUUUACUAUGUUUUUCUGUUAGGUAGCCUACCUUGUUGAUUUGGAGGUCAUCUUUAUGUAUAGAUCCAAGAGCUUUGUUGGAUGUUUGUUUAUGUAUAGCUCCUCCCCCACCCGCCGUCUUCAUGGUGCAUUUAAACAAUGAGAUGUUUUUAAUUCUAGUGCAGUUCAACAUGUCCAUUCUGGAUCUGAGUGAAGACUUUGCGUGCCGAAGGAUUCUUUGCCCCUUCCAAGAUGACAAAGUCAUUCAAUGUUUUUCUCUAAAGUCUGCUGUUUGAUCUUUCAUCUUUAGAUCUGUAGUCCAUUUAGAAUUUAUUUUUGUGUGUGGUGUGAGGUAGGGGUCCAUAUAAACUUUUCUUCCUAAAGAGACAUUAAUUGAUCCAGAACUGUAUUGAAAAGGCCAUUUUCCACCACGGUACUGCAGUGAACCAGUGCUUGAUGUUAAGAAAACGCGUCAUCGAUCCGGCCACUCCCUGGCUCACCCCCUCCCAUGGCUUCACCCGCACUUCGCUGGAUCCGAGCCUGUCGUCUCUACCAUCCACUCUUGCUCGCUUCACUGCAGCCUCCUGUCAUUUCUCCCACUAACCAAGCACUGAACAUGAAACAAGUGAAAAAUGACCACAGUGUCUUCAAUAAGCAGGAGUUAAUUUUCUCCUUCAAUAGGACAUCUGGAAGGUAGAGGAAGGCAGUCACCACCUUUGUUUCAGCAGCACUAGGUUGGUGGGGUUCUCAGGGCUGUCCCUUUCGGUUGCAAGGUGGCUGCUGCAGCGGCAGCCUUCACACCUUGAAUUUAGAGCCAGAGAGAAAAAACAAUGCCUGUUCCUUUUAUCAGGGAAAGAAAAGCUUUCCUAGAAAUCUCAGGAGUCUUAACUGAGAUCUUGUGGACAGAGAACAGACAGGGGCUACCCAAGCUGCCAAAGACACUGGAAGAGUAUUUUCCAGGGAUGUUGAUAUCCAGAACCCAAUUGGAGUAAGGAAAGGCGGGAUGACUGUUGGUGGGGAGCCACAGAGUCUGCAUGUGGGGUCCUUGGAUGUCAGCAGAUGACUGACCUGGACAAGGAUGAGGCCUUGGAGACCCGGGCCAGCCCUGGCCACACCCCAGGCUGUGUCACCUUUGUCCUGAACGACCACAGCAUGGCCUUUACUGGAGAUGCCCUGCUGAUCCGUGGAUGUGGACGAACAGACUUCCAGCAAGGCUGUGCUAAGACCUUGUACCACUCAGUCCACAAAAAGAUCUUCACUCUUCCAGGCAACUGUCUGGUCUACCCUGCUCAUGAUUACCAUGGACACACAGUGUCCACUGUGGAAGAGGAGCGGACUCUGAACCCUCGGCUCACUCUCAGCUGUGAAGAGUUUGUUAAGGUCAUGGACAAUCUGAACUUGCCUAAACCACAGCAGAUAGACAUUGCCGUUCCAGCUAACAUGCGCUGUGGGGUCCAGACCCCACCUUCCUGACCUGUCUCUUGUCAGGUGCUCAUGUCCGUUAAGAAUGCACUCAGUUGGGCGAGGGGAGAGGGGUCACUACCAGGCCUCCAUCCCCCCACCCCAUCAGCCCCUCAAACUUCUUAAAUAAAAAGAUUUUUUUCUUUUUGUCAUGAA